GCCCCGCCCUUCUUAUAGAGCCGCAGCGGGGCAGCUCUUGGACGAGGCGACAUGGCGGCGGCGCUGCUGCUGGCGCUGGCCUUCACGCUCCUGAGCGGCCAAGGCGCCUGCGCGGCGGCGGGCACCAUCCUGACCUCUGUCCAGGAAGUCGGCUCCAAGACACAGCUCACGUGCUCUUUGAACAGCAGUGGCGUUGCCAUCGUUGGCCACCGCUGGAUGAGAGGGGGCAAGGUGCUGCAGGAGGACACGCUGCCCGACCUGCAGAUGCAGUACAUGGUGGACGUAGAUGACCGCUCUGGGGAGUACUCCUGCAUCUUCCUUCCCGAGCCUGUGGGCAGAGGCGACAUCAAUGUGGAGGGGCCUCCCAGGAUCAAGGUUGGAAAGAAAUCCGAGCAUUCCAGUGAGGGAGAGUUAGUGAAACUGGUCUGCAAGUCCGACGGGUCUCACCCCCCUGUCGAUGGGUGGUACUGGUUUAAGUCCUCUGACGCUGGAGACCAGAUCAUCACCAACGGCACUGAAGCCAACAGCAAGUACAUCGUGAUAUCCACGCCAGAGAGCACGGAGCUGACCAUCAGCAACCUGGACAUGAACGUCGACCCUGGCACCUACGUGUGCAACGCCACCAACUCCCAGGGCAGUACCCGGGAGACCAUCUCACUGCGUGUACGGAGCCGGCUGGCAGCCCUCUGGCCCUUCCUGGGCAUCGUGGCUGAGGUCCUGGUUUUGGUUACCAUCAUCUUUAUCUAUGAGAAGAGGCGGAAGCCGGACCAGACCCUGGACGAGGAUGACCCUGGCGCCGCCCCGCUGAAGGGCAGCGGAACUCAUGUGAACGACAAGGACAAGAGCGUGCGCCAGAGGAACGCCACCUGAGUGGUGGGGCAGGCGGGGGAGGGGAGGUGCCGGGGCGCCUGACCCCACUCCUGUGACCCACCCUGUCCCGACCUGAGCCCACCCAACCCGACCCAUCCCGACCCAAGUGAGGACAGGGCCUUACCUUACCGAGAGCCGACGGGAAGAAGGAAGCCACUGGCGGCCCCCGAUUCUAGUUUAAACUAAAUGAGGUUUCUAUGCAGACAAUCCAUUCCUUAGGGGUUAUGUUUUUAUUUUUCCUUCCCUUCUGAAAUGUGUCACUACAGCCCUGUCAGUGGGGGAAUGGGGCCUUGUUCUUGGUCACGAGGGAAAGGCCGGGGCACGCUCUGACUUACUGUUGGAGGGGGCUGGGCCUGCUGGGACCCCCCCAAAUAAAGACCUACCCCACCA